CUUAAAGACAAGAGGUCACUAUUGGAGCGAUAAGGGUGUACGCAUUGGGCGGCUUGCACCUUUAUAACACGAGGCCGCCGAGAGCUGCUUACGUACCUCGCACGGACUACAAAGCAGCCUAUAUAAGGCUGGCUGAGUUUAACAGUCUCCUGGAGAGACUCUGCCUUCUCUAAGCAUCUCUCAAUGCCUAGAGCCAUGAUUUGCAACAAUAAAAUUCACCCUUCUGAAAGCAAGUGUUGCUACGUCGUUAAAAGCAAUGGAAAGUCAGACAAUUCUUAAACGCGGAAAAGUUUACAAUUGGAAUCGUUUUAUAAAUAACAUUGUACCGGAAUGGUACAAUAAUCAACAAUCUCAAAAAUUUACGCCUCUUUUCGCAAAUAACGACCGUCGAAUCCAGCCAACGAGGAAAGCGAAAUCGCAACGACUCCAGGGAUUAAGCCCCUUUAUCGACGAAGUGAAACGAGCCACAUCCAAAAAAUUGCGUAGCAUUUCCCGAAAGCGGAACGCGCUCCCAGCUUUGGACUGCGCGCUUAAAGAUAUCCGCGUCCCUCGGCCAAUGCCCGAAGCGCAGAUGUACAGCUGCGCGCCAGACUGCAGCUGCCCAAGGGUUAAAACAAUUACGGCAAAGCCUGCAAAAGAUGUAGAAUCCCUAGACUCAAGCGUUGUUAAAGUUGGCAAUCUCAGCUUUGCCGUGGAUAAUUGUGCACCAGGGGACACGCUUGUGUACAUAAUUUAAAUUGUAACAAGCGUGCCUCUGUGGCUGUGACGAGGGUACCGGGGGUGUUCAAAGGUUCAAUGUCAAGGCACUAGAAACUGUAGUGGAGGACUUACAAACAAAGGGAUGUAGGCUGGCUGUAGGGUAGCUGCAAAAAACAGAAAUUAUUGCCUGUCCCUCUAAGUCUUGUUGUUGAGACUGUUCGCCUUUUAUAUAUCAAUCCGGUCUGGAUCCCUCUUACCCCAAGCCGUCCGUUCGCAGUUAG